AUGACAAAAAGUAGACAGAGGUCUCAGAACCCACGUCUCAUUACAAAAGUAGACAGAGGUCUCAGAACCCACGUCUCAUCACAGAAGUAGGCAGAGGUCUCGGUACCCACGCCUCAUCUGAUCCCACAGCCAUAACCAGACGGAGGUACGUUUCAGGCCCCACGUCUAUAUUAUCCACCAUAAUGAGCCAAACAACUGGAUCGAAAGACUCUCCCCGUCAGGGCCCCAAUCAAGCCAGUAAUAACACUUCCCAGAACAAUACGAAAGAGGAUGGAGCUAUGAAAGAUGAUGGAGGAAAGAAAACCCCCAAUAUAGCCAGGUCUAAACGAGGUACAGGGUUCAAAAUCCCCCUCAAAGGAAAAGUCAAGACCCCCUCCCAGGCCAAACCCAAGGGGAAGACAGCUAAAACCCCUACUCCGGACGAAUUAACCCUCGGGACGUCCGUCACCUUACUGGGAAAGAUACCGAAGGUUAAGGGGGCCGAGUUUUCUUUGGACGACUCGGAUAAAUUCGAGACGAUUCCCGUCACCAAGAAAGCGAAGAUGGGGGAAUCAGGGAAGGACGUAAAAACGGGUUUUCAUCCCCCUGACGACACGGACAUUGCCUCGGCGGCAUGGUUCAUGAAGAUGUUCCAGGCGGCGCAAAAAUGUAUUAACUUGUCGAAUCAGCCGAUUGCAGGCGACACCAGCGCCCCUACCAGAUCAGCGGCGCAGACCAAAACUCGGCCCGACAGCCCAGGCGCCCCGACGCCGGACGGGCCGCUGAGGCGUGACAGAGUACCAGCGAAGCGGCCACGGCCAGGACAACGGGACAUUGAAAGCCGUACUCGGGGGAGAAGCCCGAGUACCUGUCAUGCUCCCUCUAUUGAUAUAAAUGAGGAUGAUUCAAACUCUGAAUAUGGCUACCAUCGGCCCAUAGCAUCCCGCAAGCGAAAAUGGGCAGACUCUUUGCUGUCUCAACUUUCCACUUCAGGAUCAGAGAGACAGAGCAUUGCUAGCGGUCGUUAUGAGAAGGAGGGGGUUUCAGUGAUUAGUGAGGGUUUUUCUUCAGCUAUUUUUGCUUCCAGCCCCAGCUCUCGCCAUGAUAGCGUAGAAAGCAAGCCUGUUUCGGCUGCAGAUUUGAUUACGAAAUACUGCCCCCAGCUUAAGGCAGAGACUACCGACUCAGAGGAAUCUAAGCCUAUUUUCUGUCUCGAUUCGGAGCUUGGGAGACAAUCUGUCAACUCAGCUGCGGUGAAGCUUGACAAACCCUUCUCAUCCUGCCUGAAUUACCUUAAUGACAGGGGAAGGGACUUACGUCCUACCAACAGAGUGGUUAAGAAGCACUUUCGCUUUGGGGAACGAGACUUUAAGCACGCUUUCAAGACUCCCACAGUCCCAGAUGCAGCCUUUUGUGUUGGUGAUGCUAAGGCUAAGAGAUCGCGCUACUCUAAUCAGAAUCCACUCGGGUCACGUAGAUUUAAGCGUAUGGAGAGUCAGUUGACCUCUAUUGACCAGGCAGCCAGGGCAUCUAUGCGCCUAGCAACCUAUCACACAUAUCUUUUGACAGCCUUUCGGGAAUCUGAGAGACUAGGUAUCUCCCCAGAGGAUCGCAGAUACAUAUGGGAGUGUGUUAUGAAGAUUGCAGAAUACCAGUUUGAACAGGCGUCGAGAACGGCCAUACUUUGCACGAGAGCAAGACGUUCACAGGUCAUUGACCUACUUCAGAUUGAAAAAAAUGCUACUCGACUACUCGAAAGACUGCCAGCCUGGGGGGAUGACCUUUUCAGUGGUCGUUUUCAGGAAGUUUUAGAAUCUUCCAUCUCUGCCUCUUCCACGGCUGAUAAGACAGUGUACAGGUUGUCUUCACAUUCUUAUGGCCAACGUUCCUCCUCACGUCAGCAGGCCUCUGGGCCGAGUAACCAGCAACCGCAGGGCCCCCCACAACGCGAGGUCAGGGAUAGGAGCCCCCAGACCAAUCAAAGGACCCCUACACCCUUUCGGGGUCGACGCAGAUUGUCCCGGGGUUCUCAGUACCCCCCUAAACACUUGUGACUCCUUGGCCGGACCGUUUUCCCCAGACUUACACGCCCCCAUAGGAGGAAGGCUCAUUUUCUUUGCAAAAAAUUGGAGCCUCAUAACAAGAGAAAGCGUGCAAUUUCCAAGGUGCCCUCCAGCCGAAAGAUUGUUUUGUCAAAUGUCUUCCUAAUUCGGAAACGGUCCGGAAAAUUCAGGAUGAUCCUGAAUCUAAAGAAACUAAACAGGUUCAUCGAAAACAAGCCAUUCAAGAUGGAAUGCCUCUCCAAGAUCCUGCCCCUGCUUCGCCCCCACGAGUGGGCGGCAUCUAUAGACUUAUCGGACGCGUAUCUUCACGUUCCAAUAGCAAGGUCCUCUCAGCAUCUCCUAGGUUUCGCAAUAGGAGGGGACACUUACCAGUACCAGGCCCUCCCUUUCGGCCUUCGCUCUGCUCCUCGCAUCUUUACAAGGCUCGUCAGGGUAAUUGCUGUAGAGCUAAGAAGAAGAGGGGUAAAAAUUUUUUGUUAUCUGGAUGAUUGGUUGAUCCUCGCCCCCUCAGAACAAACCCUUCUCAGACACUUGAAGGUCACAAUCGCGUUAACGACAAAUUUAGGCCUUCUCAUAAACUGGGAAAAAUCAAGAUUGACUCCAACUCAGACUCCGGAUUUCCUUGGAGCAUUUAUAGACAUCCCGCGUCAGGUGGCAGCCCCCCUUCCCCACCGGGUUCAGAGAAUGAGAGCAGUCGCAGAGCAACUCCUGUCCAGUCGUCUCUCGACUGCGAAGACUUGGCAGAUUUUUCUGGGACUCUUAGCAAGCUUAGUGAAUACAGUUCCCCCUUGCAGACUGAGGAUGAAUUUUCACAUAAACAGUUUGGAGAUGAUUGCGGUGCAGUUAGCCCUCCAACACUUUGCAUCCGAGAUAGUGGAAAAGUGUGUCCUGAUAAAGUCAGACAACCAGACGGUGGUAACAUAUCACAUAGCAGACUUCUUUUCGAGGGGGCGCUAUCUCCCCUCGGAAUGGAUGCUCCACGAGGCUGUGGCCAGGGAGAUAUUCAAUCAUUUCGGCAACCCACAGAUAGAUCUAUUUGCCUCAACACUACCAGGGACCCAGCACUACUACCCCAAGCCCAACAAACUGAGGCUCACACUGUGGCCCAUUACAGGGCAGCAGCAAUCAAGGCUGGACUUUCUGAACGGGCUGCCAAUUUCUCAGCAGAACGUUUACGGUCUUCCACACGAUCAACCUACGACUCCAGACUCAGUCACUAUGUGAGAUGGUGUCGGCAGCCUAAGACUAAUCCAUGCAGGGCAUCUGUAGUUUCAUUCCCCCUCACAGGGCUGUCUCGCCGGAUACUAUCUCUCGUUGGAUUGUGGAGGCAGUGAAAUCUGCUGGUGAUCCAGUCAUCAUUCACCAGAAAAUUAGAGCCCAUGACACAAGAGGAUUGGCUGCUUCCUGGGCCUUAUUCAAGGGCGUACCCAUGGAGGAUAUAAUGAAAGCGGCAUAUUGGUCCAACGCUAAUACAUUCACAUCCUGCUACCUCUCGGAUGUCCUCGGUGAUGAAUCCAAGUUUGCGAGGGCCACCCUGUCCGGUCCCCAUCGCUAAUCCAAGGUAUGAGUUUAACUUUACAAGCUUGUCAUUAGUAUCUUGUAUAAUAGAAUUGAUCUGUAGGGCCUCUUGGCUUUGACCUUUGGCCUGACCACCUCCCAUAGUUGUUUCCGUGGGAAUCUGGCAUUUAAGGGAAUAGGUAAGUAUGGCGUAUCUGAAGUAGAUUAUGUUGUUCAGUAGUGAACACCAUAUCUACGAAGUAGCCAUACUUACCUAUGCUACCCUCCCACCUCCCCUCUUUCUGUAUCUGAGGUUCGUUUGCCUAAGAAAGAGGAAGUGAGCCACGCACGCAAGGUACUUAUAGUAUAGGGCGGGGUUUCCCUCCUUGUCGUGCAGGGCUCUAGUCUGCGUUGCAGACUUUUUCU